AAGUGCAUUGAACAUAAAGCCUAAAGGUAAAACGCCCAUGUGCAUCACCAUCAUCUGUGGCUCUAUCAAUCUCUGACGUCUGAGUUGACUUGCCAGGCUGCCCUGGGUUUGCCGCAUUCCAUAGUGGUUUGGGUUCCCUGGUGUUAUAUUAUUUAGAAACUGGGGUAAACUGGCUAAAGUAACUGAUGUGGCUGGAGGAGAUAAGAAUUUAAGGUCAUCUUGAGGGUUAGGGGACUGGACAGGAAAUGUCAUGCAUAAUCAGAGUUCCAAGUUGUUUUCUGAGUCCUGGAUGUGCCUCUUUGAGUCUCCUUCUCUAAACACACAAGAACUGAUUGAAGGAUGAAAUUCUGAAAGCAGCGGUAAUGAAAUAUGGGAAAAACCAGUGGUCUAGGAUUGCCUCACUGCUCCACAGAAAAUCAGCAAAGCAGUGCAAAGCCAGAUGGUAUGAAUGGCUGGAUCCAAGCAUUAAAAAAACUGAAUGGUCCAGGGAAGAGGAAGAAAAACUUUUGCACUUGGCCAAGUUGAUGCCAACCCAAUGGAGGACCAUUGCCCCAAUCAUUGGAAGAACAGCGGCCCAGUGCUUGGAGCACUAUGAAUUUCUCCUGGACAAAACUGCCCAAAGGGAUAAUGAAGAGGAAACAACAGAUGAUCCUCGGAAACUUAAACCUGGGGAGAUAGAUCCAAACCCAGAAACAAAGCCAGCCCGGCCUGAUCCAAUUGAUAUGGAUGAGGAUGAACUUGAGAUGCUUUCUGAAGCUAGAGCUCGCCUGGCUAAUACUCAGGGAAAAAAGGCCAAGAGGAAAGCAAGAGAAAAGCAGUUGGAAGAAGCAAGACGCCUUGCUGCCCUCCAAAAACGAAGAGAACUUCGAGCAGCUGGCAUAGAAAUUCAGAAAAAAAGAAAAAAGAAGAGAGGAGUUGAUUAUAAUGCUGAAAUUCCAUUUGAAAAGAAGCCUGCUCUUGGUUUUUAUGACACUUCUGAGGAAAAUUACCAAACCCUCGAUGCAGAUUUCAGGAAAUUAAGACAACAGGAUCUCGAUGGGGAGCUAAGAUCGGAAAAAGAAGGAAGAGAUAGGAAAAAAGACAAACAGCAUUUGAAAAGGAAAAAAGAGUCUGAUUUGCCAUCAGCAAUUCUUCAAACUAGUGGUGUUUCUGAAUUUACUAAAAAGAGAAGCAAACUAGUGCUUCCUGCACCUCAGAUUUCAGAUGCAGAACUCCAGGAAGUGGUGAAAGUAGGCCAAGCAAGUGAAAUAGCACGCCAAACUGCCGAGGAAUCUGGCAUAACAAACUCUGCUUCCAGCACUCUCUUGUCUGAAUACCAUGUUACCAACAAUAGCAUCGCUCUUAGAACGCCUCGGACCCCAGCUUCCCAGGACAGAAUUCUACAGGAAGCCCAGAACCUCAUGGCCUUGACCAAUGUGGACACACCAUUAAAAGGAGGACUUAAUACCCCACUGCAUGAGAGUGACUUCUCUGGUGUGACUCCACAGCGGCAAGUUGUACAGACUCCAAAUACAGUUCUUUCUACCCCAUUCAGGACUCCUUCUAAUGGAAAUGAAGGACUGACUCCCCGCAGUGGAACAACCCCCAAACCAGCUACUAACUCCACCCCAGGCAGAACUCCACUUCGAGACAAAUUAAACAUUAAUCCAGAGGAUGGAAUGGCCGACUCCAGUGAUCCUUCUUACAUGAAGCAGAUGGAACGAGAAUCUCGUGAACAUCUCCGUUUAGGGUUGAUGGGCCUUCCUGCGCCUAAGAAUGACUUUGAAAUUGUUCUGCCAGAAAAUGCUGAGAAGGAGCUGGAAGAGCGAGAACUAGAUGACACUUACGUUGAAGAUGCUGCUGACGUGGAUGCUCGAAAGCAGGCCAUACGAGAUGCUGAGCGUGUGAAGGAAAUGAAACGAAUGCACAAAGCUGUCCAGAAGGAUCUGCCACGGCCAUCUGAAGUAAAUGAAACCAUUUUAAGACCCUUAAAUGUAGAACCACCUCUAACAGAUUUACAGAAAAGUGAAGAGCUCAUCAAGAAAGAAAUGAUUACGAUGCUUCAUUAUGACCUUCUACAUCACCCCUAUGAACCAUCUGGAAAUAAGAAGGGAAAAACUGUAGGAUUUGCUACCAACAAUUCGGAGCACAUUACCUAUUUGGAGCAUAAUCCUUAUGAAAAGUUUUCCAAAGAAGAAUUGAAAAAGGCCCAGGAUGUUUUGGUACAAGAGAUGGAAGUGGUCAAACAAGGAAUGAGCCAUGGAGAACUGUCCAGUGAAGCUUAUAACCAAGUAUGGGAAGAAUGCUACAGUCAAGUUUUAUAUCUCCCUGGGCAAAGUCGCUACACACGAGCUAAUCUAGCUAGCAAAAAGGACAGAAUUGAAUCACUUGAAAAGAGGCUUGAGAUAAACAGAGGUCACAUGACAACAGAAGCCAAGAGAGCUGCAAAGAUGGAAAAGAAGAUGAAAAUUUUGCUUGGAGGUUACCAGUCUCGUGCUAUGGGACUCAUGAAACAGUUGAACGACUUGUGGGACCAAAUUGAGCAGGCUCACUUGGAGUUACGUACUUUUGAAGAACUCAAGAAACAUGAAGAUUCUGCUAUUCCCCGGAGGCUAGAGUGUCUAAAAGAAGAUGUGCAACGACAGCAGGAACGAGAAAAGGAGCUUCAGCAGAGAUACGCCGAUUUGCUGCUGGAGAAAGAGACUUUACAGGCAAAAUUCUGAAGCACAGCUUACGUUCUGUUACAGGAUUGAUUGCUGGUUUUCAUACUCUGCAAGGCUAAGACUGAUGUUUAUCUUCAUUGACAAAUUUACCUACCAUCUGUGGUUUUUCACUUGUUUAUUUUAAGUAUCAAUCUUCCACAUUCUGUGUUAAAAGACUUUUAACUCCAGGAUGAAUAAGGGUUUAAAUUAUUAACUCGAUCAUUCUUUUGCCAGUGUCAUAUUUGCAAAAUUACUUUCAGUUUUGGCCUUUAAUUUAAAAAGCCUAACUCUGAAAUACUGCCUGUAAGUAAACCCUUGAAUAAAAACACAAUGUAAAUGUAAACAAUUGAGAAUCUAGCCUUUUGUUUGAAGUAGCAAUUAGGUAGAGUGCCCACAAACCAGCAGCUGUGUACCCUGUGUUACAGGUAAUGAGUAACUCUUGGAUAGUUGGUGUCUUAAGCCCUUUGUGGCACAGAAAGGUCAUUUCUCUACACUGACAAGGUAGAGUGACUUGUUAAAGGAUAACCCUCCCCUUCCCCCCCCACCAUUGCAUUAGGGAAGGUCUUUUCUCUACCAAUUAUAUGUAAGUUCAUGGAUUAUAAUUUAAAGGAGUUAAAUUUUCUUGACUUCUUAUAUUUUUUUAAUAAAAAGUAUUUUAAAGAUUAA